AUGUUUCAGGUUGAAUUUGUGUUUUUAGUUAAUUUAAUUCUUUAUAGUCAUGGAUUUUAUGUUCCUGGAGUGGCUCCAGUGGAGUUUAAAAAAGGUCAAAGAAUAGAAGUUAAAGCAGUGAAAAUGACAAGUAUACAUACGCAAUUACCAUACGAGUAUUAUUCCUUACCGUUAUGUAUUCCUAAAAAUGGAACCUUUAUAUAUAAAUCAGAAAAUUUAGGCGAAGUUUUGAGAGGCGAUCGUAUUGUGAAUACUAAUUACGAAGUUCAUAUGGCAGAGAAUAUCAAAUGCAAACUUUUGUGUCACAAAAGAAAUAAUCCAAUGAACUGGAGUGUGGAGGAAUCUGAGAAGGUCGCUAGUCGAAUUGAACAUGAAUACUUUGUACAUUUAUUAGUAGAUAAUUUACCAGUUGCAACAAAGAUUAUAAAUAUCGAUACUUCUGAAAGAACUAUAGAACAAGGAUAUCGGCUUGGGUUUAUGUCAAAAGGAAAGGCAUAUAUAAAUAACCAUCUGAAGCUUCUUUUGAAAUAUCACAGACACAGUCAGGAUUCUUACAGAGUUGUUGGUUUUGAAGUUGAGACAUUUUCAGUAGAUAAAGAUCACUUGACAUUUAUUGACGAUAAUUAUUGUCAAAUUGGAUCAGACAUUAAACCACAACUUGUAAAUGAGGAUACAGGAACCAAAUUGUACUUUACAUAUUCUGUUGAAUGGGGAGAAUCAGAUAUUGAAUGGGCAUCAAGAUGGGACAUAUAUUUGGGCAUGAAAGAUGUUCAAAUACAUUGGUUUUCUAUAGUCAAUUCAAUUGUUGUUCUCUUUUUUCUCUCAGGUAUCCUAACUAUGAUAAUGGUAAGAACACUCAGACGUGACAUAGCUAAAUACAAUUCAGAUGAAAAUAUUGAAGACAUGAUAGAAGAAACCGGUUGGAAGUUAGUUCAUGGCGAUGUUUUCAGACCGCCACCUAAAAGAAUGCUUUUCGCAGCAGUUAUUGGAAGUGGGAUACAAAUUUUCCUUAUGGCUCUUAUCACAAUUUUUAUUGCAAUGCUUGGAAUGCUGUCCCCUGCUAGUCGAGGUGCACUCAUGACAUCUGCUAUAUUGCUGUAUGUCUUUAUGGGACUAAUAGCUGGCUAUUAUUCAGCGAGAUUGUACAACACCAUGAAAGGCAAACAAUGGAAGCAAGCUGCAUUUUUAACAUCUACAUUAUACCCGGCGAUUGUUUUUGGGACAUGUUUCUUUUUAAAUUUCUUCAUUAUGGGAAAACAUUCCAGUGGCGCUGUGCCGUUUUCGACGAUGUUGGCACUUUUAUGUCUGUGGUUCUGUAUAUCUGUACCCUUGGUGUAUUUCGGUUAUUACUUUGGAUGUCGUAAACAACCAUUCCAACAUCCAGUGCGUACAAACUUUAUACCGAGAAAAGUACCAGAACAAGUUUGGUAUAUGAACACAUUAAUUUGUAUAAUGAUGGCCGGUAUACUGCCAUUUGGAGCUGUAUUCAUAGAAUUAUUUUUCAUUUUCAAUGCCAUAUGGGAGAAUCAGUUUUACUACCUUUUUGGAUUUUUAUUCCUGGUUUUUUGCAUACUUGUUGUAUCUGUUUCCCAAAUAUCUAUUGUAAUGGUAUACUUUCAACUCUGUGGUGAAGAUUAUCAUUGGUGGUGGAAGAGCUUCAUCAUCUCUGGAGGAUCUGCAGUUUAUAUUUUAAUUUAUUCAAUUUUUUAUUUCUUCACGAAAUUAGAAAUAACUGAAUUUAUACCAACAUUACUUUAUAUUGGCUACACAGGUCUAAUGGUACUGACAUUCUGGCUUUUGACUGGGACUAUUGGAUUCUUUGCAGCUUAUACAUUCAUCAGAAAAAUCUAUGCAGCAGUCAAAAUUGAUUAA